AUGAGUUCAAACGAAGGUUCACGGAGAUUACAAGCUUUGAUUAAUCACAUCAAGAGUUCGUAUUCCGCUCCCAUCAACACCUACAUUGCGGAUAAACCCAUCGUUUUGAAGAAGAGAGCGGCAGUUCUGGUCUGUAUCUUCGAAGGCAUCGAUGGGAGUUUGCGAGUAAUCCUCACCAAGCGCUCUUCCUCUCUCUCAACCCACUCAGGUGAAGUGGCUUUACCAGGUGGCAAGAGAGACGAAGGCGAUGCUGACGAUGUACAGACAGCGUUGAGAGAGGCCAAGGAGGAGAUUGGCUUGGAACCUUCUCUUGUUUCUGUCGUUACUAUUCUCCAACCCCUUCAUACUAGGUAUGGUGUCACCGUCAUACCUGUGCUUGGAAUACUGACAGACAAGGAUGCAUUUUCACCAAUUUUAAACUCGGCUGAAGUAGAAGAAAUAUUUUAUGCUCCAUUGGAUAUGUUCCUCAAGAAUGAUAACAGAAGAGCUGAGGAAAGAGAAUGGAUGGAGGAGAAGUAUCUUCUGCAUUAUUUUGAUUAUGAGGUUGGGAAUAAGAAGUAUGUGAUUUGGGCUAUAACUGCUUCAAUCUUAAUUAGGACGGCUACUCUUUUACUUCAGCGGUUCCCUGAUUUUCUAGAGCAGAGACCUACAAUAUGGGGAGGGAUGACCGAAGGUGACAAGAUCAGACUGCAAAAUAGUUCCAAUUCCAAAUAA